CUGGUAGCUUCCUGCCGGCAAACAUCAGCUGCUCAAUUGCAGCAGAGCAGGCGUGUGUGUAUGGGCUGUGUGCAGGAUAAGGUGUUGAAUGACGAGAAUCUCUUACAUUUGAUCUUCCAGCAAAGAAAAUUCUGGAUGUCCUACAGCUUACUCUGAACGGUAACUUGGGGAGUUGGGGCAGAAGGGAAGUCACCAGUCCGCAGUGUAACAGGCCACAGCAUUAUUACUGAUCCCUCCUCCCAGACUAGAGUUUGUCAGUAUUGCUGAUUAUGGCAGCAGUUGACAGUUUUGCUCUCCUGUACAGACAGAUUACCCUAAUCUCAAAUUCCUACUUUGAAACACUCGCCUUUUUGGGAGCAUGUUAUGUGACUCGGACAACCAUUAAUGUCGUCAUUGAUUUCUACAGCUUAGUACGAGUGCAUUUGAUCCCUCAUCUUUCCAGAAGGAAGGACCUGAUCAAAUGUUACGGCGAGUGGGCCUUGGUCACUGGUGGAACGGAAGGAAUUGGAAAAGCUUACGCUGAGGAGUUGGCCAGCCAAGGCAUCAAUAUAAUUCUUAUCAGUCAUGAUUACAGCAAGCUGGAAGCCACUGCCAAAAGGAUUACUGAGAUGUUUAAGGUUGAAACCAUCACAAUUGAAACUGACUUUACCAAAGGCCAGGAGAGCUACCAGCCUAUUAAAGAAGUUCUGAAGGAUAAAGAAAUAGGCAUUUUGGUGAACACUGCGAAUGUGGUCCACAAAUGCCCACAACCUUUUUUAUGUUUGUCCAAGGACCAACUCUGCGAUAUAUUGAAUGUAAACAUUGCUGCUGUCAACAUGAUGACACACAUUGUGCUACCAGGAAUGCUGAAGAGGCAGAAGGGAGCUAUCAUUAACAUUUCUUCAGGGUCUUACUUUAUACCCACAACACAUAUGGCUGUCUACUCCAGCACAAAGGCUUAUUUGGACCAUUUCAGCAGAGCUUUGCACUACGAAUACUCAUCCAAAGGAAUCUUCGUUCAGAGCCUGAUGCCAUUUUAUGUAGCCUCCGACAAAAGUAAAUCCAGUUGGUACCUCUCAUGGCUUUUCCCAUCAGCUAAUGUUUACUCACGGCAUGCAAUUUCAACUCUUGGAGUAUCAAGCAGGACUCCAGGUUACUGGGUACAUUCAAUUCAGUUAAUAUUUACCCAGUGGAUUCCUGAAUGUCUAUGGAUUUGGGGAAUGAAUAUGAUGAACAAAUAUAAAUAGUAGACAGGCGAAGCUUGAAGCCCAAACACUACCCUUUACCAGAAGCAGCUGCAGCAUCCUAAACUACCUUGACUAUUGACAUUUCUUGAGCAAGAUAGAAGAAUAUAUUGUAAUAUUUCUGUUGCACGGUGGAAGAGACUUGAAGAAGCAUCUGUACUAUCUUGAAACCUUCUGAAAUAAAGCCCAUCAUGCAUGCUUAGAACAUCAUAACUGAGCAACAUCCUGAUUUGGACUCCUGUAGCUCAGUGGUUAGACCACUCGCAUCGCA